AUGUCCACUCCCGACCAACCCCAAUCGCAGAUGUCCUAUCUCACAUGUCUCAAUCGAAUCUACCUCCUCCAAAUCUUCUCAAACCAUUACGACCUCACCCACUUUCCCAACCAAUUCGUGAUAAACAUGCUCGCCACGGGCGGCCAGAUCCUAACAGACAUUUUCAUAAUCGAGGCCGAAGCCCAGCGAGACCCAUCAAGGGCACAAGUCCUGGCGGACGGGUUCCGCAUCCUCUACGGGAUCGAGUUUGGGUGUGCAAGCGAUGUACUGGCGGUGCCGAGGCUGGCUGAGAUAGGGAAUGCUUACGCCGGAUUGCAGAUUAUGGAUUGUUUGGGGAAUGGAUAUGAACAUAUGAAUGAAAUGAUUAUGAAGGGUUGGAUGGAGUAUUUGGGAGAACGGCCUGCGGUGUUGACUGAGGCUUCAAUGAAUGGUGUUUGA